AUGAGCGCUCAGCUGGCCCGGCCGCUGCGCCAGCGCCACGCCGACGCGGGGCGUCCCUGGCGCGCCGCAGGCGCUGCGCUGGACCCGGACCUUCCAGGCAAGAAGCCGAUCUCGUUGGACACCCAGGCCGAAAGCACGAUCGACCCCCUCAAGCUCUUGAUACAGGACAGGGAGGGCGUCCCCCCAGACGAGCAGCGCUUGAUUUACGCAGGGAGGCAGAUGGAGCCGGGCCGGAAGCUCAACGAGUACAAUGUCCAGGACGAGGUGAUGAUAUUCGUGACAUUUCGACUCCAUGGAGGCAUGCAGAACGUCGACACCGAGAUGGCCGAGGACACGGAGGACACGAACACAGGCCUCACGCAGGAUACGGCCACCUCGGGCCUCACGCAGACGCUCAACGCCCUCGGCAUGGAGGACUCUGGCAACGCUGUCGCGGACCCCAGCUUGGCUAGGACGCUGGCCGAGCUGGACGCGAUCGAGGUCGACGAGGAGGCCGUAGCGAUCGCCGUUGCCGCCGCCGCUGCUGCGGGGCCCGCCACGCUGCCGCCAGGGCUUCCGGCUCCUGGUGUUGGUUCUGCGAGGCCAGGUUUGCCGGCGCCGUCACCGUGGGAGUCCCUCAUCGAGAACGAGAUCUUGCAGCAUUUCGAGCUCGCGCAGGCUGCACGGAGUGUGCACGGUCCGAUGGUCGCCCCGCGUUCCCUCGACUCCCGGGCAGAGUUCGCGAACACCCUCCGGUUGCUCGCCUACGCCCCCUCGGCCGCUGACGCCUGGAACGUCCUCGGUCUUUCUUCGCUGGAGGGCCCAGACCUGUCGCUGAACACCAUCGAGGCCCGCCUCCGCUUCGCGAAGCUCUUGGGCUCCAUGAUCGACGGCGCGACGUGGCCGCAGGCGGACAAGACCACCGCCCAGCAGGACAUCCAGUCCAUCGAGGCGGCCGCGGCGACCUGCUUCGCAUCGUUCGACACGUGGGUCCGCGAGCGCAAGCGGAUGCGGCCGUCCAAACUUCCGCUCUGGCGGGAGUUAGGCGGCCAAGCACUCAAGGCUGUUCUGGGCACCGCCCCGCGCAACACAGAGGUCGCAUGUACGCAGUGGUCCUCCUUAUUGGACAUAUCCGCGAUCGACGCGUCACUCCGGGGACGCGUGGCGCCGGUGGACGAAGCCCGCUUGCUCGCCGACCUGGCGGAGAAAGGGGACGCCAGCUUCUGGGACACCGUGCAGACCACCGGGAGGCCCAUCUCAUUCUGGGCGCCCGCGAACGCCGCUGCCCUCGGUCGCCUCCUGUCCGCGCUGUUGCGACGCAGCACGGACCGCGUACCAUGCGAGUACGUCCGCAUCAUCGCGCCGCUCGACCUCUUCCCGGGCUGCGCCACUGUCGAGAGCAUCUGCGACCUGUGGUGGCACGACCUCCUGGGCGAGAAAUGGACCGCCCUCCGCCGUCGCGUCGACUUCCACCCGCAGCCGAUGGAGUUCGUCUCCCCUGGUCCGGCGGGUCCGCGGCACGAACUUCGAGGGCUGGCGGUCUUCACGAUAUCCACCUCUCUUGUCCGCGAGCCCCCGAAGAUCCUGGACUUGGAGUCCCCGGUUGUCACGGCCGCGCCUUUGCCCACCUAUCUCGUGGACUUCCCGUCGACCCUGGGGGCGGAGUUCAUGACCGUCCUGUGCAACCACCUCGGCCACUCCCCCAAGAUCGGGAGGAUCUAUCGCAGCCCAGGCCACACGGCCGAGUCCCCCAGGGGGCGGGUCGAGGUACGCUUCACCUCCUCCACGUCGCGCCUCAAUCAGGAGGCGGUGAUGCGCCACGCCCGCCAGAUUCUUCCCACGGGCGUGUGUUUCGCUUCCCAGGACCUCUACACGGAGCCGGGCUCCCUCAUCGCGGAGUUGGGCCACGCGGACGUGAUCGCGUCGAUUUGGGCACUCUGCUCUGGAGCCCUCUUCUUGAGCAAGUCCACCCUCCUCCUCACGACGGAGGCCACCGCCAGCACGUGGCAGCAGGCCAUGGAUACCCUGAUGCGGAAUGACCCGGAUUCGGCAGUCUACAAGCUGAAAUGGCGUCCGUCGCGCCACGGCGGGCGGCCAUUUGCUUCGCCCUCGGCGCUUCCCGCGAGGAUUGCGGCUACGCGUCGGACAAAGCAGACCCGCGGGACCACCUCGACGGUCCAGGCCAUCACGGACGUCGAGAUCAAGGGCCACCUCCACGCCGACGAGCACGCGCUAAUCCGGGACCUCGUCACUCACCUGGUCGGCCAGACGGGAAUCUCGCUGACCGAGCUGCAGGAGGACCGCGGGCGCCGGGCAGGCAAGUGGCAAUGGCUGGCCGCCGAUGACCCCGCAGCACCACCCGGCCGCUUCCGCCUAUACCUGAAGGACUUGGAGGAGGUGGCCAAGGUCCGGGACACGCUGCACGACAAGGCGGUGAAGGUGGGCAUGGACACGUUCCGCGUGCAGGUGUUCAACGACCUGGAGGAUCGGGUGUCGGGCGCCGCCGCCGCCCGUUGA